CGGCCAACUGACUGCCGAAACAAAAAAAGGGAAGGAAUCACAUGUCUUUCCGCCCAAGAAAUUGAGCUCAAACCGGCGAAGACGAAGACGAAGACGAAAACGAAGGAAAGGUGGUAGGCGAUUUGAGGAAAUGGAUGUGAUAAAAUCGCAGCAGAUAUCGUCGAGGCCGAUCGAGAAGGUUGUGGUGCAUCCACUGGUGUUGCUGAGCAUAGUAGACCACUAUAAUCGGGUGGCGCGUGACACCAGGAAGCGUGUCGUCGGAGUUCUGCUCGGAACUUCCUUCAAAGGCACCGUUGAUGUUACCAACAGCUACGCCGUGCCUUUUGAAGAAGAUGACAGGGACCCGAGCAUAUGGUUUCUUGACCAUAACUAUCAUGAAUCAAUGUUUUCCAUGUUUAGAAGAAUAAAUGCUAAGGAGCAUGUUGUAGGUUGGUAUAGCACUGGACCAAAAUUGAGGGAAAAUGACCUAAAUAUUCAUGGACUUUUCAACGAUUAUGUUCCGACUCCUGUACUUGUUAUCAUUGAUGUUCAACCAAAGGAGCUUGGAAUACCUACUAAAGCUUACUACGCCGUUGAGGAGGUUAAAGAGAAUGCAACUCAGAAAAGCCAGAAAGUUUUUGUGCAUGUUCCUUCGGAAAUUGCUGCUCAUGAAGUUGAAGAAAUUGGUGUCGAACACUUACUCAGAGAUGUGAAAGACACAACCAUCAGCACCCUUGCAACAGAGGUUACCGGAAAGCUUACUGCUUUGAAGGGAUUGGAUGCACGGUUAAAAGAGAUCCGAAGUUAUCUUGAUCUGGUUAUUGAGGGGAAGCUUCCCUUGAACCAUGAAAUUCUCUACCAUCUUCAGGAUGUGUUCAACCUUCUGCCGAAUCUGAAUGUGUCUGAAUUAGUUAAAGCUUUUGCUGUAAAAACGAAUGACAUGAUGCUGGUUAUCUACUUGUCGUCCUUGAUCCGGAGUGUGAUUGCUCUCCAUAAUUUGAUCAACAACAAGAUGCUGAACAAAGAACACGAAAAGGCAGAGGACUCAAAGCCCGUGUCGGUGCCAACUGCUGCCGGAAGUUAAGUUAAAGGAGAGGUAUAUAUUAUAAAGGUCUCCCAGGCUCCAAUGCAGCAGCUAAUUGUGAGAACCUGCAUGAAGAACAUGAAACGGUAGUAGAUCCGGAAGCACCAUUGGGAAAUGAUAUCGUUUGAUUGUCGUGUGUUAAUGACCCACGGUAUGUCAUAUUUAUAAACCUCAAUCAAUAAACUAGAAUUUAUCAAAAGGCCUUUAUCACAUUUCGAAAGCAUGAGCAACACAUUACUGGAAUAAUCAAAUAUGCCGAUAUUUAUCCAUAUAAAAACAAGAGUUGUAAAGAAAAUUUCAAAUGAAAUAGAGA